UUUGGCCAUCAAAUAGCAGCGUCGGAAUCUGCUCGGACCUUGGAGGGUUACAUUCGCCCAAAACUUAAUUUCAAAUGGGCCCCGUCGCCUAGCGUUUACUCCCCCAGCCUUGCCGACUGAGUUGAAUUGGGUGCUACUGAACAUCAAACCCGUCUGGGUCCCUAAAAAGGUUUCCAUCAAGCACAGCGUACAGCGACCAACUACAGUAGAAUGUCAGCUAUUCCAGCAGGCGGUUCUCUCGUGGCGACCACUGACUACUACCGAAGGCGCAUCGGCUCUACAUCCAGUAGCAGCUCUUGUGGCAGUUCGGAGUACAGUGGAGAGGUCAUCCCUCACCAUCCAGGACUCCCCAAGCAGGACUCUGGCCAUUGGUGGUCCAGUUUCUUCUUUGGGAAGCCGCCAGGGAUGACUUCACUGACUGAGGAGGCACAGCAGAAGGCGGGGGUCCAAGGUGCAGUGACCAAUGGUCAGAUCACCUGCGUUGCCAGGGAGAUGGUGAUGCAACGGCAGGUGAGUGAGAGCAGCGACGCGGGAAGCCCCACCUCUUCCUGAUCCUGCAGUCUCACUCUGAUCCACGGCACACCUCGGGGGAGGGGAGGGGAGGGGGGGAAUCUAAUCUAUGACCAACGCUAGGUGACGGGAGGAUGUCCUGUUUACAACCUUAUUAUUAGUUUUUAUUAUUAUUCAUUAUAGUUACAGGCUGUCUUUCUUGUUUCUGUCACCUUGUGGUUUUUUAAAUUAAACUAUGAAAAAGAAAUGAAUGCAGACUGAUGCAACUCAUAAGCCCAGUUUGUGUUUUUUAACAUUUGUACUGUGUUUGUAAUUCUGUGGUGCAUACACAUGCCUUUUGUUUAACAUGUUUCACUUUUGUCACCUUGUGAUUGCAAAUGCAAUAAAGUAAACUCUUGCAGCCUAA